UUCACGUGUGCGGUCAAUUGGAGAAUCUCAAGGAGCGCGUCAACGAGCUCGAUAAAUUUAACAAUUUCACAAGCGUUCUAGCUCACAGCAUACAAGAUCAUAUACGUCUCAUCAGAUCGAUCAAUAUUAUUGAUAAUAUAUUUGCUUUGAUGCUGCUUGGGGCACUCUUUUACUUUGGUAUAUUAUUCGCUUUUCAAGGUUUUUUAAUCGUUAGUGUGAUAACUCAGCGUGGCGAGGUCUCUGUACUACGUAUAGCUUUUAUCAUGACAGUGUUUAUUAAUACGUUUGCACACACAUGCCUUUACUGCACUGUGGGAGAAAUUUUGGUCGCGCAAUGCGAAGGAGUUUACAAGGCCGUAUGCGAGUGCAAGUGGUAUACGUUGGAGCCAAAAAAAGCAAAAAACCUAUUGAUUAUAAUGAUUUACGCCAACAAACCGCUGUAUCUUACCGCGGGAAAACUAUUCCCUAUGACACUGGCUACUCUUUGUAAUUUGUUAAAGACAUCGGGUGGUUAUAUAUCGAUCUUGCUGGCAUAUCGAGAAUAAAACUGAGAAAAU